AUGUACGACGGCAACAGACGCCGAUGGCAGUUCAAUAACAACAGGAAGACGGCGAUUGACACCCUCGUGUCCAACUGCCUCUUCCUGCGACGCGCGGACAAGUCACCGCUGCGGGACGCCGGCGCCCUCACUUGGAACACGGCAGUGAUCAACGGUCGGAAGCGCAGUUACCAGCGUGAAGCAUCCCUAUCGGACGAGAACAGACCCCACGUCUCGUGGGGAUGGGUGGAGUAUGCCCGCCCACGGCGCGCCGGCAAGUUCAUCGGUCUCUCACACGCUGCAGACGGUCGCAGCGCAGCCACCGUCACAGCGUUGCGAUAUCCGGACGCUAGUGCAAGAGACGGCACAGUCCAGGUGUCGCGGUACGAGGUGCAUAUUGCAUUGAAUUCGUUAAAAGAGUAUUAUACCUGGCUCCUCAACUACGAGUACCUGCUUCAAACGAGGACCGAAGUGAGGGACACGCGCCGCACCGCCGAAGUCCGGGAGAGGGUGAUCGAGAUACAAAAACAGGUCGAGAAGAUGGCGGGUAAGUCCCAUCCCCCAGCUGAACUGACCGUAGCCGCUAUAUGCGCCUUUCUGGCACUCAUCACGGACUGGGAGGAGCGAUGGAAGGUUUCGAAGGACAAUCCCGAGCCGCCCAUAUGGACGUCAUGGGAGGGCCGAGUGAUCCCCGACAUCAGUCAGUCGGACGAGAAGUUUGCCGCCCGGCUCGACGACCUCAUCGAGCACACCAAGGUUACGCGGAGAGCCGCUCACACGCCGUUAGCCGGGCCAAGCAAGACGCGCCUUGGCAAGACAUCCAGUGAAAAGGAGAAGGCGGAUCUGGACCCGGCGCCAGAGCCAUUGAGUGACUACGCCCUGCGACUCGUCCACCACAUUGUUCAUGAGGGUAUGCCCCCGCUUCCAGCCCCGCUCAUCGUCUGGCCGUACUACCGCGAGUUCUAUGAGGGCAUAGUCACAACAGAAUGGUUGGAGGAUAUCGAAUCUAUGGUUUGGGGGGCGGACCAGGUGAAGACACUCGAUCUCGGUCACGCAGAGGUGAAGCAGUGCGGAUGGGGCCGACUGCUGCGCUACGGCCGACACCUCUUCGGCGGUCGGUGUGAUGUGGUAAAAGUACGCUUUGGCCCUGGCCUGAGUCCUGGGGCUGUAGAAGGGGACGGGGAAGGCCGGAAGGACGUGCCAAGCGCUGAAAGCGUCGGAGGUAUCACCCUUGAGCUCUCGCAAGUGAUAAACGUCUUCACGUCCCUCGAGCGCACUGUUGACGACACACAUCGUUGUGCCCAGAUUCAAGCAUAUGCCGACGCUCAUCCCGGCGUCCUCGACAUGGCACAUCUGACCGAGCUUGCCGAAGCGCACAAUGCACGUGCUCGCGGUUAUCUUCGCGCACUGUACUACACGCUCCGCUACAUCCACAUCCACAAAGACGACCUGCCCUCGCUUCCUCCCUGGGAGCCAUGGAUGGGAAAAGGCGACGAUGUGCUGAACGACCGGCACGCCGACCCGAAAUGCUUCUCGGACCUAAUCACCGACGGCCGGCUAAGCGAGUACGGGUUCCACCUUGCCCAGCGUGCCAUCGACAAGGGAUGGCCGAGGCAGCCUGACGCCCUCAUCCAUGCGGCAAACAAAGCUGCAUCGUGGAGCGCAGCACAGGCCCGAGCCAAGCGGUGCCGACACUGCAAGCACCAGAGGCAUACCGUCAGCUCAGGCGGAGACUUGAGUCGGGCUGGACCAAGCUCUGGUGUAGGGUACACACCGACACAGACUGCGUACCACGACAUGACGUGGAGCAUCGAUGUGUACCCCAGCUGCAGUCACUCCGCAACCGAGAGAGGAGAAAGCAGCUCGGGCGGCGGAGGCGGGGGCGGCGGAGGCAGCAGUGGUGGCGGAGACAGCGGGUUCAGCGGCGGCGGCGGCGGUAGUAGCUCCUUCGACAGCGGCGGGUUCAGCUCGAGUUUCUGA